UGUACAACGGGGACCUGGUGGAGUACGACGCGGACCACAUGGCGCAGAUCCAGCGGGUCCAUGCCUUCCUCAUGAACGACUGCCUGCUCGUGGCCACCGCGCUGCCCAACCGGCGCGGUGCCUACCGCUACGACGCCCUGUACCCCCUCGACGGGCUGGCUGUGGUCAACGUCAAGGACAACCCGCCCAUGAAGGACAUGUUCAAGCUGCUCAUGUUCCCUGAGAGCCGCAUCUUUCAGGCUGAAAACGCCAAGAUCAAGAAGGAGUGGCUGGAGGUGCUCGAGGAGACCAAGCGCAACCGGGCCCUCAGCGAGAAGCGGCGCCUGGAGCAGGAGGCCCUGCCCCGGCCUGCCCCAACACCCCCCGAAUCCACCAACCCCUUCGAUGAGGAUGAGGAGGAAGAGGAGGAGGAGGAGCCCUCUGCUGAGGAGGAGGUUGUAGACCUCUCACUUGAGUGGAUCCAGGAGCUGCCUGAGGACCUGGAUGUCUGCAUUGCGCAGCGGGACUUCGAGGGGGCAGUGGACCUCUUGGAUAAACUCAAUGAGUACCUGGGGGACAAGCCUGUGAGCCAGCCCGUGAAGGAGCUGCGGGCCAAGGUCGACGAGCGGGUCCGGCAGCUCACAGACGUGCUGGUGUUCGAGCUGUCUCCAGACCGGUCGCUGCGAGGAGGGCCACGGGCCACCCGCCGAGCUGUGUCCCAGCUCAUUCGCCUGGGACAGUCCACCAAGGCCUGUGAGCUCUUCCUGAAGAACCGGGCAGCCGCGGUGCAGACGGCCAUCCGACAGCUGCGCAUCGAGGGUGCCACCCUGCUCUACAUCCACAAGCUCUGCCACGUCUUCUUCACCAGCCUUCUAGAGACGGCCAGAGAGUUUGAGACGGACUUCGCUGGCAACAACGGCUGCUACUCGGCCUUCGUUGUCUGGGCCCGCUCUUCCAUGAGGAUGUUUGUCGAUGCCUUCAGUAAGCAAGUAUUUGAUAGCAAAGAGAGUUUGUCAACUGCGGCAGAGUGCGUCAAGGUAGCUAAAGAGCACUGCAAGCAGCUUAGCGAGAUUGGACUGGAUCUCACCUUUAUCAUUCAUGCCCUUCUGGUGAAGGAUAUCAAAGGCGCUUUACAGAGCUACAAGGAUAUCAUCAUUGAGGCCACCAAGCACCGCAACUCUGAGGAGAUGUGGAGAAAGAUGAACCUAAUGACUCCAGAGGCACUGGGGAAGCUCAGGGAGGAGAUGAGGAGCUGUGGGGUGGGCAAUUUUGACCAAUACACAGGUGAUGACUGCUGGGUCAACCUUAGUUAUACUGUAGUAGCUUUCACUAAGCAGACUAUGGCCUUCUUGGAGGAAGCUUUAAAGCUUUACUUUCCAGAGCUGCAUAUGGUUCUUUUGGAGAGUCUCGUGGAAAUCAUCCUGGUGGCCGUCCAGCAUGUUGAUUACAGUUUACGGUGUGAACAGGACCCUGAGAAAAAGGCAUUCAUUAGGCAGAACGCCUCUUUCCUGUAUGAAACUGUCCUUCCUGUUGUGGAAAAAAGAUUUGAGGAAGGAGUUGGAAAGCCAGCCAAGCAGCUACAGGAUCUGAGAAAUGCUUCAAGAUUGAUGCGUGUAAAUCCGGAAAGUACCACCUCUGUGGUGUGAAGUGGUCCUGUGGACAGGGUGUGGAAGCACUUACUGAAAAUGUUGUACAGUGAAUAUAUGAACUCAGUGGGGGGUUUUUUGAGUCCCUGAAAAAUGCAGAACUGUUAGCUGCUGCAUUGCAGAAGCUGAAGAUUUAGAAUCGAUGCCUGCAAGCAUGCAAUGCUUUACUUGGUGGAUGGGGGCUGGGAAAGUGAGAAGGUCGAGGUCACAUGUCCUCGGAUGGCAUAUCCUGUAAGAAGGGCUUUUGUAGUGUUUGUGAUUUGGGAAAUAACUGUAAUACACAUUUUUUGGCUAAUUGUCUGUGAAAGUCUUAAAUAUAUGUACAGCAUAUGACAGGAAAAGAUCAAUUCUCAUCAUGUCACUGUAGGAAUUCUUUAAGGCAGAGUUCUGGUAGGAGGGGAAGUGCUGGAGCACUCCCAGUGCGUGGUAUUUGGUGAGGCACGUCCACCAUCCAGAUGUGACUCAGCACUGCAGAUAAAUGACAUGAGUUUGCACAGUGUGAUUUGUGUGGUAACAAUGCAGGCUUUUCCAUUUUUGUAAUAUUCAGAUUAUCUUCAUUUCAGAGGCAGAUCUAAAUUAAAAAUGUUUUCAGUAUAAGUUUUGGUGUUUGGGUGAAAGGGCUUCUUCUUUUAAUGAGCUGGCCUGUCAACUUAAAUUGCAGCUCUCUGAAAACAAACCUGCUGUCAGAACCAUUUGUUCCCUUCAAGAGGAGUGAGAAUAAACUGCUUCCCUUACUCUCUGUGUUCCUCUUCCAUGUUUUCUCAUGGAUUUCAUUGGGGUCACGUCCAUUGAAUGAAGUGUGCACUGUUUCUUGAGGUGCUGUCAUAAAUGCAUUAUGGGCCUUUGUCUGCUGAUAGAAACCAGAGUGAAGAGGCCUAAAUGUUCCUGAGACUUGCAAGGCAGGGAGAGAGUCUGAAGGUACUGUUUUGUUUGGAAGAGACAGAAUGCUAGUUUUGCUGUACAGAAGCAGCACCUGAUGAAGAGACUGUGUUGAGGCUUUUGGUAAAUGAUGUGAACUCCAAAAUACAGAGUCUCGGGCAAAUGCUAUUGUUUCCUGUAAUACAGCAAUAACCAGUGAGAACUGCCUUUUUUGCAGAAAUCACAAGAAUUUGGUUUGGAACUCUGAUGUUAAUGGGGGAAGUUUAUACAAAUGCUUGUAUGUUUGGAUUGAGUGGUGGUGGCCGUCUGGUGCAGUAUAUGUCUGUGAAAAUAAAAUAAGCCAAGUCUUGUGUCAAGGCUGGCUUUAGAAAGCUGUCAGCAUAAACUUCUGAGCUGGGUAAACUUCUUCCCCUUUGGUACAAACUUUCUUAUUUGUGAGAAAAUCAUGUUACAGCUAAAUAACCUUGUACUAGUCCCUCAGUAAGUGUUCUUUACUGUAAUAAUUGAGUAUCCUGUUCCUCUAGCACUUUUGAAUUAAAGCUUUUGCAAUUUGUAUUAAUGAAUGCCUUGUGACUGCCCGAACAAACAACAGAUGUCACUAGUAAAACAUUCUGCAUAACUGCUUA